AUGGAAGUAGACGAACACCAGGGAAAUCCUCAAAAUAUAUUAAGAGAGCGAAAUUCCAAAAGAUGGGAGAUACUCUUUGACGGAUCUGUAAAUGGAGACGGAAAUGGUAUAGGGAUAGUGAUUAUUUCGCCACUCGGAGCAAGAAUGGAAUAUUCAUUCAGACUGGAAUUUGCAUCCACCAAUAAUAAAACAGAGUAUGAAGGAGUAAUACAUGUGUUGCGAUUGGUAUUUGAAAUGGAUCUAGAUAACGUUAGAAUAACUAGUGACUCACAGUUGGUGAUCCGACAUAUAUUAGGGAUAUAUAGUGUGAAUAAACCAUCAUUACAGAAGUACAAGCUACUCCCAGAAGAGCUAUCAGCAAAAAUAAAGAAUAUUGAAUGGAGACACAUUUCCAGGAAAGACAAUAGAUUUGCAGACGCUCUGGAAUUCCUCACGUCAAUGCUAAAGGAUCCCACUGCUCGACAUUUAAAUAUCACGACACUCUGUUUCCCGUCAAUCAAAAAGGAAGAGGAGGCAGCCGUAAUGAUGAUAGAAGGCGAAGAAGGAGAUAAUAAUGUUGAUGAAGAGGAUUGGAGAUCACAACUUCAUUGA